ACUUGAGAGUUCGACUCAUCCGUGGAUGUACUUUCCAAAGCAGACACCAGAAACAGGUCACAGGGACUGCGAAGGAGAAAUUUCUGCUGGUUGACGGGGAGGUUGUGAUCACUGGCAGCUACAGAGGGUGCUGGAUCACUUCCUGGAUUCCUCCACAUCCUACUCUGCUCAACCUGUAAAUACGAUUUGCUCAAGAACCCAGUAGUUAAGAUUCUGCCUAAUUUUUCUCAGAGAGAAGCUAGGAGUCCUGCUCACUCUCUCUUUUAUCUCAAGUGAUAAGGGCUCUAGACUCCAUUGUAUCAUUCUGCAUAUGGCAAUGCAUCCACACUAUUUGUUCUUCUCUUUCCAUCUAUGACAUCAGCAAAGUGGCAUCACUGGCAGUGACUCACCUUAAGAGGCUUAAACUGGAAGUCCUGGAUAGAAUCUACCAAUGAGCUUUUGGAGUAACCAUUAUGAUGUCAUUCACUGCUCAAAUAGUCAGUAAAUUCUGCUGGCUGUUGCUGGAAACAUUCUGUCCUUUGAGUGGGUUAAGAGUUGCAAGAUUGGAGAUUGUUUGUAAGUGCUGGAAUCCAGUUUUUGAGCUUUGUGUGCUGAAUCAAUGAGGAUUUAUGACUCAGGCCUGAAGCUAAAGAAAACCAGUUCACACUGGCUUUUAGGAAGACCAUGUAGAUCAACCAAGUGGUUUGUUCUGUAGCUGGAAGCCAGCCAGCUCUGAAGAUGUUUGAGUCAUGCGCCAUAAAUUAGGACCAACAUUUGUGGAACCCAAACCUUGCAUUGUGAUUUGCAUCUGGAAAUACAGGUAGAGGUGACAUUCUGGUUCAGUUCUAAAACUUCUACGUUCCUAUAUCACAGUAAAAGUCAGACCUACCACACAUAAAGAAUUUGGACUGAGGAAAGAAGUUACAUGACGACUGAUUUCUGAAAACACACAGUUAAGGGGAACUCAGAUCCCCCAGUUAAGAAGUUCCUUUGGGGGGAAAGGAAGCUUAGAUCCAAAGUAGGCUUCUGAAGUUAAGGAAUUCCAACAUCUUUCUGGGUUGAAGAGACCAAGUUGACCCAUUUUGUUGAGAACUGGAUUUGAAAAGCAGAGCCGAGAAACUGGUUCCGAAGCCUCCCAAACUACAAAAAUCAAAGUUGUGCGCUUAGAAAAUAGGUGAAGACGCCCUCCCUGCAAACCCAUUAGUGGGAAGGAUUUUAGGUUUUUGUGAAGCUCUAAAUUUCCACACUACUUGUCUGUGGAUCAAGAAAGAAACCACUGGUUGGUUUUAUUCUUGGCCAAGCAAUGAAGCACCAUUUGUCCUUCUUCAUAUGCCUUUUGGUCUUCAUGUUGCCUCCUGCAUUCUCCAAGCAAUGCUACUUCUGUGAAAUCACUGACUCAACUAUAUGCCCCAGCACCAAGAUGAGCUGUGGAGAGGAUGAAGACUGCUUUGUAGGCCAAGGAGCCGCCUUGGGUGUAUCAAUGAUCAAAAACAAGGGCUGCACCCGUGCCAUCAACUGUGGCAGGGAACAGCCUGUUUCUCACAUGGGGGUCACCUACAGCUUGGUCACCAACUGCUGUAAAGGGAGCUUGUGCAAUGCAGCUCAGCCUCAGACCCUCAUAGCCCCUUCCCUUUCCCUGCAGCUUUCCCUCAUCAGCAUACUCCUGCUGGGCCUGCUAUGAUUCAAAAGAGCCUCAAGUAAUAAAACUUUAGCCUGAUUUUGAAUGUUAAA